CUCUCUCUCUCUCUCUCUCUCUCUCUUGUGUCUCUGACGAUUCCCGUGAGUUCCUCUCCCUUUCCCCCGUGCUGGGAUCUUUAAAGGCCGCUCCUUUCGGCGAGAUUGGUCUUGGAACGGAGAGGAUUCGAUGAGGAAGAGGUGCCCGGCUUGAGAUAGAGAGAGAUGCGGUGGGGUUUCGACCUCUAGAGCCCUUGUCAUGAGUAAAGGCGCCAUCUUUCUUGGGUUUUGCUGCUCUUCUUCGGUUUAUUCGUCUUCUUGUAGCUCUUUUUAGGUCCCGUUUCCCCAUGGCUGGAAGCAACGAGGUUAACGCUAACGAAUCCAAGAUGGUGGUUCCCCUCAACACAUGGGUCCUCAUCUCCAACUUCAAGCUGGCUUACAACAUGCUUCGCCGCCCCGACGGCACCUUCGACCGCCACCUUGCUGAAUUCCUCGACCGCAAGGUCCCUGCCAAUGCCUUCCCUGUCAAUGGAGUAAUCUCCUUCGAUCUCCUUAUCGAUCGCGCAACCAAUCUCCUUGCCCGAAUCUACCGCCCUGCUCCCACGGCCCCCCCCGACUCCCACAGACCAUCCCUCCAUGCUGACCUCCAAUCCCCCCCAUCCCCUGACCCUUUCCCUGUAAUCAUCUUCUUCCAUGGUGGCAGCUUCGCCCAUUCCUCCUCCAAUAGUGCCAUCUAUGACUCCCUUUGCCGCCGCUUUGUCUCCCUCUGCGGCGCCGUCGUCAUAUCGGUGAACUACCGCCGAUCACCGGAGCAUCGGUAUCCCUGUGCCUAUGAUGAUGGGUGGACUGCCCUUAAAUGGGCCUCCACCGAGCCGUGGCUCCACAGCGGUAAGGAUGCCAAGCUCCGGGUUUUCCUCUCAGGGGAUAGCUCUGGUGGGAACAUUGCUCACCAUGUCGCCGUGAGGGCUGCUGAAUCGGGAAUUGAGGUCUCCGGGAACAUUCUCCUCAACCCAAUGUUUGGUGGAAAUCAGCGGACCGAAUCGGAGAACACAUUGGAUGGGAAAUACUUUGUCACGGUUCAGGACAGGUACUGGUAUUGGAAGGCAUUCCUCCCGGAGGGGGCGGAUAGAGACCACCCUGCUUGCAAUCCCUUUGGUCCCAAUGGAAUGAAGCUCGAAGAGUUACCAUUCACAAAAACCCUUGUGACGGUGGCAGGAUUGGAUCUCACCCGGGAUUGGCAGCUGGCUUAUGCCGAAGGGCUCGAGAAGGCUGGCCAUGAUGUCAAGCUUGUCUAUCGUGAGCAGGCCACUAUUGGCUUCUACUUCUUGCCUAACACAGACCAUUUCUAUGAAGUAAUGGAGGAGAUAAAGAACUUUGUCAGUUCUAACUGUUAGUAAAUACGAUGCUCUUCAUACCUUACCUACAGAUACAUAGACCUAUCUAUCUAUCUAUCCAUCUCCCUCUCUCUCUCUCUCUCUCUCUAUAUAUAUAUAUAUAUAUAUAUAUAUGUCAGAAGCUUGACUUAUAUUACUCAGAGCUUGGUUUAGUAGUUCUACGCAGUAUGAUGGGUGAUGUAGUGCAGGUUAUGAGAUUCCUGCAUGAGACUCCUGCAAUCUUCUGCUGCUUCUGCUGCUUUCUUAAUGUGGGUAGAGGCAUGCAUGCACAUGAUUCCAGAGAAGUCGCUAUUCUUGCUAGAAGUUGUUUGGUUUGAUUUUGGUUUUGUGGGUGGACAAAAGCUGCUUGCAUUUGAUGAUGAGGAGAAUCUCACGAAACUGUUUGUGUCUGAAUUCUGGAUCACACGUAACUUGGUUUGUGAAAGUAGUGCUGUUUUUGACCUUUGUACUAACAGUCUUCAGUUGUGCCUGAUCCAAUUCCACAAAUAUGGUGAGGUUGGAAGAUGCUUCUGAAACAAUAGGUGACUUGGUCUGCGGAAGAAACACGGGUUUUUCUUCCACCGGCUGACUGUUUGCUCCAGUGGUAUCCAUUGGUGUCUGUUCGGUGCCAUGUGUAAAGUUCAGGAAGCUGGAGCAGAUCCUGAGUCUGGGUAGCCUUUGGUGGGAAUGAAUUGGGUACCUGGCUAGUGUUGUAAUCGUGUUAAUUAUAGCAACAUGGUGAACACUCCAUGGUGUUAUUAUGUUAUACUCUUUGGGAUUCUAGUAAUAUAAAGAUGCCCCAUUUUUCUUUGCAAUCA